GCGUAUUAUAUAAACGGUUAAUUCUAGCAUUUCGUUCAGCGGUUUAUAGUGAGGUUUUAACCCAUGUACGACAAUGGAAUCUGCUAUUUGCCACCUUUGAGCCAAGCAAACAAAAACAAUAUCAGAAUAAUCAUGGAGGCAAUUUGGCUUUAUCAAUUUCGACUGAUUGUCAUUGGGGACUCCACUGUAGGAAAAUCGUGUUUAAUAAGACGAUUCACGGAAGGCCGCUUCGCACAGGUGUCAGAUCCGACUGUCGGGGUGGACUUUUUCUCGCGCUUGGUGGAGAUAGAACCUGGGAAACGUGUUAAACUGCAGAUUUGGGAUACAGCAGGACAGGAGCGCUUCAGGUCAAUUACUCGAGCAUACUACCGUAACUCUGUGGGAGGUCUGCUGCUCUUUGAUAUAACAAACCGUCGCUCUUUCCAGAAUGUCCACGAGUGGCUAGAGGAAGCACGUAGCCACGUACAGCCCCACAGCAUUGUCUUUCUGCUGGUGGGUCACAAAUGUGAUUUGGAACCACAGCGGCAGGUAGGCCGCCAAGAGGCCGAGAAGCUAGCGGCUGCGUAUGGCAUGCGUUAUGUGGAGACUUCUGCACGUGACGCCAUUAACGUGGAAAGAGCGUUCACAGAGCUAACAAUGGAUAUAUUCGAGUUGGUGAAGAACGGAGAGCUUACCAUCCAGGAAGGCUGGGAGGGAGUGAAGAGUGGCUUUGUACCAAAUGUUGUGCAUUCCUCCGAAGAAGUGACAAAAGGUGAUCGCCAUUGCUUCUGUUAAGUCAGCAAACGUACCGUUUCCUCCAAUCAAAGGAUCCGUCUUCAAGGACCUGAUGAUGACUAUAUUAUCCAUUUCCUGCCUGCUGAAUGCCUAAAGUCCCACUAUGCUGUUUGUCCUUUACUGUUCUACACUACUUUGCUUAUUCCUCCGAUCACACAAGCUUGCGAUUGGGCGAACAGAACUGUGUAGUGUUAGAUUCCUGACAGUUAGUCAAACAAAUCCUGAAACAAUGACCAGUGACCAAACAAUGACUUGCCUGUAUCUAGAUCAAUCCUGGAGCCAUGAAAGUUAAACUUCCCAAAUUAAGAUGUUCAAGUUAUCAGGUUUACUGGGGCCUGUACCAUGAAUGUUGCUGAACAAACUCAGGGUUACAGGAAUUAGUGUUGGCUUGACAAAACCAAAGCAACGUGAUCAAGCUUUGUUGGUACCAUGAAGCAGCUCAUGUAGAUUCUUUGUCAACUAAAGCUUUGAUUCUGAAGCUAAGAUUUGUUUGCGCGCGUGAACAUGAACGAGUGAUGUCGGCAUCGCAAAACCAAUCGUGUUCAACACGGAUAGAUGGAAUUCCGUAUGUUUCUUAGGAAAUAAUUAUGAGCAAAUAUUAGUAACACAAAUAUGUAUUCUAGCCAAGGAGUAAAACUGUUUCUACCGUCUAUGCAAGAGAGAAGUGUUUCAGAAACACUGCUGAUUGAGCUAAUGCGCAAGUUAAAUGAUUAUAUAGUACACACAUUUACUGAAGUAUACUAUAGUAAGGUUAAUAUUAAGUAAUAUGAUGUAUGUGUUUAAUGUAUGCGUGUGCCCCCACAGUGGAUGAAAAUAUCCUGCCUUAUAUUAUUUAUCAUGUAGUUUACCUUUAUUAAUGAGGAGGAAGCACAUGAUGAAGAGAAACUUUCUGUGCGCUCUGACAGAGUUAAAGAGGGCAAUGUACUGUAGGCUUCUAUUCAAUAUGGCACACAGGGGAAUGUGAGGAUUAUAUUUCAUGUUACUCAUGUCUCUGUUAUUGUAGGACAUUUCACAGCCUUCCCCAGAAACUGAGGUGUAUACCUGCAUAGGUUACAGAAAUGUUAACAAAAUACACUAGAGAAGCUGAUUUUAAAUAAAGAAGGUUAAAUCAAUAAAAAAUGCCAGUAUGUGAAUUUAGUAGUCAGUUGAAGUGUACAUUUAAAAAUCUGAUUGUCAUCUCAAUCCUGACUCUGGUUUGAUUGAGGGUCAUGUUGAAGUGGUUCUGUGGUCAGGAUGGCAAUAACCUCUGGCAUACAUAGGAACACCUGUCUCCCACAAACAGGCUAUCAAACAGUCCUGUCAUAGAACAAAGAAGAGAGGAUUGAAUUGAUAUUUGAAAUUGAGUUUUGGUCACAUAUUUAAUUAAUUUAAAGGGUUUUGGACUGUUUCCAAUUUACUUUACCUUCCUUAAAGCACUGACACAAAACGGAUGCAUUAGGCAUUAAAUUAUUUAAAAAGUCUUUAACAAUUUAAAAUGUAGGCCUACUGUAUACAUUAUUUAGGAUAUUCUAAGUUUAACUUGUUAAAAAGAAGAUUAAAAUAGCAGUGUUAAAAUGUAUGUGAUGCCACCUGUCAAUUUAUUGUUUGUCCGUAUCUUACUGUAGCUGUUUAAUAGAAGGUUUCUUUAGUGGACAAAAAAGAUGUCCCAAUACAGUGAAACUGAAAAUGUUCCUAAAUGUUCUGCACCACAGAAAAGAAUGUAAAAAAUACAUAUUGUAUGCAGUACAAUAAAAGAAUGAAAUAUUAAUAAAUUUCAUUUCAUGUGAGUGUAAGGGAAAGCCAGCAAACGUUAUCUCUAAAUUCAGAUUUUACCUAUACUGUCUAUAGUAACCAUUAUUUGAUUUUAUAUUUGUAAUAUAUAUUUACAUCUUUUUAUAUUAGUAUUUUUAUUUUAUUAAACAUUAUUAAAAAUAACUUGCCAUUGCAACACGCACUGGGAGUUAGUUGGCUCACUUAUAUGUAAAUUAGAUUGCCGCUGAUUGGUUCACUUUCUGUGUGAGAUCUCUAAUCUAGAUCAUAACCUGCUAGCUGUGCAUCAUAAAUUACCAUGGCGAUGAAGACCGAAUAAAGAUGAGUUAGUUUCAUGGUACCUAAAACACAGGGUUGGGGCAAACUAAUCCUAAACUUACCUUCAUGGUACAGGCCCCAGGGGCCCGUUUCAGAAAGCAGGGUAAGUGCAAACUAGUAAAUCAACCCCAGAAAACUGAAAACUCAGGGUUUUUGGUUUCAGAACGCGAGGUGUGUCAAAUCUGCGACAGCGGGGUAAAUCAAGCCCAUUUCAGAAGUCGAGGUAUUUUAUACUCCGAGAGAGGAACCAGAGUAACAUACUCCGUGAACCUAACCUGGUCGGGAGCAGGUUUCCAACCUAGGGUUUGUUACAAUCUCCACCCCUUUAAGAAGCUCGAGCAGUGUUGAAAUUGCAUACGCCAUUUGUUUAUUGAGUCGUGUUACUAAUCGCGCUCUAUUUAGUCACACCUAGGGUGAAUUUACUCAAGAGUGGACUGAACUAACUCAAAUCAGCUGUUCUGAAACUGAAAACUCAGAGUAGCGAUUCUCUGAGUAAAUCAACUCAAGAGUUCAGAUUUUAACUCUGUGUUGGUUGAACUUCCUUAUUGAAACGGGCCCCAGGUGUCGUGGGAGAUAACGGAUUAAAACAAGCAGUAUAUGCUGAUUUCACUGGUGUAGGUAUACGCAUUUCGGAAGACUUGGAGAUCUCAGACCUGAACCAUUUUGAUUGCUGAAGGUGAAGUUUGUCUCAUAAUUUACUUUAAGGACACACGAAAGAGAGAUGAAUUGCAAUAUUCUUCAUGAAGAAUCUUAGGACUGGACAAACAUGACCUGCAUUUAUUUUUACAAUUAUUAAUAUGGCAAUGCGAACUAAAUUGUCAGUUAUUAAAGUGGUUGUAAACAAUUAUUAGCAAGUGGUAUGAAAGUCAAUCAUACCAACCCAGAGGUACAACAUUUUUGUUGUAUUGCUGUUUAUAGAGGAACUGAUGGAAGUCUGUGCAUAUGCGCGAUCCACAAAUGCAUUAUUCAAUUUAUUAACUCCUCUAAAAGUAUAACACAAUACCACCAACGAGUGUUUGUAUUUGUGAUUGUUCAAACUCUUGUGAAAAAGCAAGUUGUUGCAAGGUUUUCUGUUUCCAGAGCUUGCAUUUCCAUUUAUUUACCAAUUUACUUUAUUGGCCUUUGCAAUUUUACUUUUGAGCCUAACAGCCGAACUAGGUAACUUUACAACUGCUUUCAAAUUUAAUCACAGAUGUCUAAAUACUAUCCAUCAUUGAACAUGAUUGGUCAAGCCGAUU